GACGACGACACCUGCGAGGAGUGGGAGCGCCACGAGGCUCUGCACGAGGACGUGACCAAGCAGGACCGCACGGAGGAGCGGCUCUUUGAGGAGGAGAUUGAGCUGAAGUGGGAGAAGGGCGGCUCCGGCCUUGUCUUCUACACGGAUGCUCAGUACUGGCAGGAAGAGUCGGCAGACUUCGACGAGCAGACUGCGGACGACUGGGAUGUGGACAUGAGCAUCUACUAUGACAAAGAUGGAGGUGAUAAGGAUGCUCGGGACUCGGUCCGGAUGUGGCUGGAACAGCGACUCCGGGACGGCUUGGAGGAUGGCUCUGCUUCAGGGCAGCAGAUUGGCACCUUCGAGAGACACACCAAGGGCUUUGGCAGGAAGGUGCUGGAGCAGCAGGGCUGGACGGAGGGGCUGGGGCUGGGAAGCAGCAACUCUGGCAUGGCCGAAGCUUUGGACAACGAGGGUCAGAACCCCCGAUGCAAGAGGGGCCUGGGGUACCACGGGGAGAAACUGCCGACUUUCAGCAAGGUGAAAAAGCCCCGGCGAGACGCUCCCAUCCUCAUCUCCACCAUCUACGACGACCCUGACCCCAAGGACAGUGGUGACCAACUGCUCAGGCGCCAGCCCCCCACUGCCAUGAAGUACAGGCAGGACAUGGUGUUUGUCCGGGCGUCACACGGUGCUCUGCAGAGCUCCGGUUCCCAGGCACGCUGA